UCCCCGGCGCUCGGCGCGCUCGGAGUGUCCAGCUGGGGAGCGCAGCGCACGGCGGCACCAUGAAGCCACACAAUUUGGAGUUGAUUUUUGACCACGUGGGGCACUUCGGCAGAUUUCAGAUAUUCCUCUAUUUUAUAUGUGCUUUCCAGAACAUCUCUUGUGGUAUCCACUACUUGGCUUCUGUGUUCAUGACGGUGUCCCCCUACCAUACCUGCAGGCCCCCAGGCAACGUGAGUCGGGUUCUUUUCCACAAUAUCUCUAGUUGGAGGUUGGAGGACAUCUGGAUCCUGUUUUUCACAGGCCACGAAGAUCACAUUAUAGUGCAGCUACAGAACGGUGAGGUCUGGGAGCUCACAAGUUGUCACAGAUUCCGGAGGGAUGACAAAUCUGGUUUGAACUAUGAUUACAGUGGCCGUAAGAGUAGCUUUCCUUGCAUGGAUGGCUAUGUCUAUGACAAGAGCAAGUGGGACAGCACCGUGGUGACUCAGUGGGAUCUGGUCUGUAACCGAGAAUGGUUCGCAAAGGUGAUCCAGCCUGUGUUUAUGGUGGGAGUCCUGCUGGGAGCGAUGAUUUUUGGCUACCUUUCUGACAGGAUAGGAAGACGAUUUGUCUUGUGGGCCACAAGCACUGGCAUAUUUUUAUUUGGCCUUGCAGCGGCGUUCUCAUUCGAUUAUUACAGCUUCAUGAUUGCACGCUUUCUUCUCGCUAUGUCUGGAAGUGGCUAUCUCGUGGUGGUGUUUGUCUAUGUGACGGAAUUUAUUGGCAUGAAGUCUCGGACGUGGGCAUGCAUCCAGAUGCAUUCCUUUUUUGCAGUUGGAACAAUGGUGGUGGCUUUGACAGGCUACUUUGUCAGGACCUGGUGGAUCUAUCAGAUGGUCCUCUCCACAGUGACUAUCCCCUUUGUCCUGUGCUGUUGGAUACUCCCAGAGACACCUUUUUGGCUUCUCUCAGAGGGAAGAUGUGAAGAAGCACAAAAAGUAGUUGAUACAAUUGCCAAGUGGAAUAGGGCACGCUCCUGUAAGCUGUCAGAACUGUUGUCACUGGAUCUAAAUGGUCCCGUUGGUAAUGAACCCCUUGAAGUUAAGAAGCACAACCUGUUAGAUCUAUUUUAUGACUGGAAUGUUGGAACAAGGACCCUUACUAUUUGGCUGAUUUGGUUCACUGGGUGUUUGGGAUUCUACUUCUUCUCCUUGAAUUCUGUUAACUUAGGAGGCAAUGAAUAUUUAAACCUCUUCCUCAUGGGUGCAGUGGAAAUUCCUGCCUACAUCUUCAUGUGCUUGGGGAUGGACAGUAUAGGGAGAAGAAAAGUUCUGGUGUUCUCCCUUCUCUCAGGUGCACUGCUCUGUGGUGUCAUUAUGGUGAUCCCCAAGAAUUACUUUAUUUGGACUGUGGUGGUGACCAUGGCUGGAAAAUUUGCCAUAGGGGCAGCGUUUGGCCUCAUUUACCUUUAUACAGCAGAGCUGUAUCCAACCAUGGUAAGGUCGCUGGCCGUGGGAAGCGGCAGCAUGGUGAGCCGCGUGGGAAGCAUCAUGGCCCCGUUCUGCGUUUACCUCUCCAGCAUUUGGAACUUCCUACCACAGUUGCUUGUUGGGAUUUUGGCCUUCAUCAGUGGAGUGCUGUCACUAAUGCUUCCAGAAACCAUGGGAAGGCCUCUGGCAACGACUUGGGAGGAAGCUGCUAAACAGGAUACAGAAAAAGAUAGUUCAGGCAAAUUAUUUCCCACAACCAAUAAUACUGCGUUGGAAAAAAUAGAAGUGAUCGACUCAGGGGUUUCUGGUCUUAGUGAAUAAACGUGCCGUAGGUGCCGUCUAGCACCUGAAAUAUUGUUUACUUUCAUGACUUUGUAUUCGAGGAAUAUUAUUCUCAUCUCCUGAAUGUGAUUUGUAUGUGUCUUUUAAAAAUUUUUUGUAAGAAAGUCUUAAAAUGAUAGUUUUGUAAAAGUAAAAGAAAUAAA